CCAGGAGGGUGUUUGGUGCUUACAGGGAGCUGGAUGGUCUGAAGAGAGGAGCUGCCGACCUUUCCUGGGAGCCCCGGCACUUCCAGUGAGGCAGCAGCAUGCUGGCUCCAAAGAAAGGCCUCCUGUGCAACCUCAACCACAUCCACCUGCAGCACAUCUCCCUGGGGCUGCACCUCUCCCGGCACCCCGAGCUCCAGGACACCGAUGGUUCCACCGCCAGGGGAGACCAGACUGGCUGCAUCCACUGCCCGGAGAACCGUGAGCCGGUGGAUGCCAAUUCCAACAGCCCCUCCGUGAAAUGCCGAUGUUGUGAAUCCCACGAUCCAGAACCGGAGACCCUCGGGAUCCAGAACCAGGCAGUGCAAGAGGAUUUCCCCUGCCUGCACAGCGGAGACGAGGAGGAGGCAGCUUCCCCUUGUGAUCCCCCUUGUGAUCUGGCUUCUUCUUCCUCCUCCUCCUCCUCCUCCUCUGUCAGUAGCUGCUCGGAUUUCAGCUUGGAUGAUUCCCCUGUCUCGGUGUACUGCAAGGGGUUUGCCAGAGAAGAGUCCCAAUCCCCUGUCAAGCAGCUGAACGUCAUUCCCACAGAAAACGCCCGGGAUGGAGAGUCUCUGGCUGCCCAGGACAGGACGUGCGAUGGGAGAGAUGCCAACCACAACUCGCCCGUGCUCCGGAGAGCCACCGCCGUGGCCAGCAAGAGCCCAGACAGCCUCUGCAGCAACAACUCGCUCGACUCGCAAUGCGAUGAGCUCUCGCCCAGCACAGCAGCACAGGAUUCCUGCACUGACCUAGACCCCAACUGCAACCCCCUCCCCGAGCCCGAUGCUGCGCCUCCAGCACCACCGCCCGUGCCAGAGCGGCGGGAUCCCGGCAUCCCGAGCAGCGCUCCGGAGCCGCGGCCGCGGCCCAGCGGCCUCCCCCCGCCCGUGCCCCCUCGUCCCCGGCGGCGGCUGCAGGUCCUGAACGCGCACAGAGCGGAGCAGCAGCUCGGGCCGGUGCGGCCGGCAGAGCCCAGGGCCGGCCCAGGUGAGCCCUGCAGAGACACGGCCACCAAGACCAUCACCUCCUUCCACGAGCUGGCCCAGAGGAGGAAGAGGAACGUGGCUGUGCCCACACUCGCCCAGGCCAGGGUUGACCGCAGCGACUGGCUGAUCGUGUUCUCGCCUGACACGGAGCUGCCCCCCAGCAGCGAGCUCCUCUCCGGGCCCGCGGGCCAGGAGCCAGCGCAGCCCCAGCCGCAGCCCCAGCCCCAGCAGGACGGACCAGCCAGGCCUCCCGGCUCCAGACAGAGAGAGGUGACGACGUUCAAGGAGCUGCGGUCCCGCAGUGCCGCCAGGCAGCCCAAGGGGCAGCGGGCAGAGCCGGCCCAGCACCCCCCUGUGCCCCCGGGGACGGGCUGGGGACCCCCCGCACCCCUGGGGACACAGGUGCUGGCACCCAGUGACGGCCACCAGCUGAGAAGGAGACCCCGGCCGAGCCUGCAGCCCAUCGCGGAGGGGCAGCCCAGGGAUGUGGAGAAGGGGGAGCUGCCCCCAGGGGAAAAGGGGCUGGGAACUGCCCCGGUCCGGAGGCUCGGGGGUCCCGGCGGGGACCCCGCGGUGCCACGGGCGGCCCAGAGAGGAGACGAGACCUGCACGGGGGGUGAGUCCGGGUCCCUCCGGGGUGGGUCGGGGGGUUCUGCCUGGGGGGGCUGCGGGGCCGGGUGCGAGUCCGAGGGCGGUGGGAGCGGUCCCGGGGCGCUCCGGGCCGGGCACGGCGAGGAUCACCGGGAGGUGCCGGGGCUGUCCCGCUCCGCCCCGCGGCUCCCAGGGCGCUUCCUCCGCCUCGGGCCCGGCCCCGCCGCCCGGCCUAACCCCGCCGCCGCCCCCGGCUCCAUGAGCCGGAGCGAGCCGGGCCCCGCCGCCGGUCCCGCUCCUCCCCCGGCCCCGGGCAGCGCUCCGGCCGCCGGCCCGCCUGACCCCGCUGCCCCGCUCUCUCCAGCCAGGCCCGAGCCGCUCGCCCCUGGAGCCGCCGCUGGAGCCGCCGCUGGAGCCGCCCGGCCCGGCGGGGGGAGAGCGGAAGGGGCCCAUGGAGAACAAACGAAAGCGCUGCUGGUCGCUGUCAGCUCCGCCGUGGACAAGGUCAUCGCGCACUUCAGCACCGCACGGAACCUGGUGCAGAAGGCCCAGCUGGGGGACAGCCGGCUCAACCCCGACGUGGGGUACCUGCUGCUGCACACGCUCUGCCCCGCGCUCUAUGCCUUGGUGGAGGAUGGGCUGAAGCCGUUCCAGAAGGAUGUCAUCACAGGCCAGCGGAAAAAUUCCCCCUGGAGUGUGGUGGAAGCCUCCGUGAAGACAGGCCCCAACACCCGCUCCCUGCACUCCCUGUGCUGGCACGUGGCCGGGCUGGCCCCCCUCAGCAGCACCAGGCAGAAGUUCCAUGCCUUUAUCCUCGGCCUUCUCAACAUUAAACAGCUGGAGUUGUGGAUAUCUCACCUGCAGAAGAGCCCAGGUGUGAUCUCCGUGCUUUACUCACCCACGGCCUUCUUUGCCCUGAGCCAAGGCCCUCUUCCCCACCUCGCUGACGAACUGCUGCUGCUCAUCCAGCCCCUCUCGGUGCUGACUUUCCACCUGGACUUGCUCUUUGAACACCAUCACCUCUCCGUGGAUGUGCGGCCCUUGUCCCGCCGUUUGGAGUCACCGCUGUCUCCCGGCCGUGGCCCCGUCCCGGUGCGGGGGGCUGUGUCUCUGGGGGGCCUCAGCGGUGCUGCCGGGGACAGCCUGGAGGAUGAGACCCCCCCCGAUGCUCUGGGCAGGGUGGGGGGCGCAGGGGGCAGCACAAGGGCCCGGUCCCAAGCGACCAUGGGUGGGCUGGUCCCUACCCCGCCAGUGGGGGCUGCCCUGCACCAAACCUUCCAGCACGUGCUGCGCUGGGGCGACCGGCUCAGCCGCACCUUGCUGGGGUCCGACCCCUCCCCACAGAGCCACGGGCCUGAGGAGGGCACUGGGGGCACUGGGGCUGGCCUCAGUGGCUGGUGGGGCCAGCUGAGCCAGAGCUCCAGGAUUUACACCGCUCCUAGCAAGGAAAAGUCCCCCUUGGUCUGGUGGACGAAGCUGCGGGCGGAUCCCAGCCCCGGCCAGGCCGCGCAAUCCCAAACUUCCAUGAGUGAGCCCAGGGCCACAGAGCUGCAGCUCCUUCAGACCAAAGCUGUCCCCGAAUGCUCCGGCCCAAAGCCCAGCAGCAGCACUGACACCUCAGGGACCUCUUCCCCUGAAGACCUGUUCUUGCCCACUGGAACUGGAGCACUCACCAAGCUGGAUGAUCCCAGUGCUGGAAAGAAUCUCCCGGCCGCUUCCCCAGAGCCUCCUGCCAACAGGAACCAGGCAGCACCUUCUGGCCCAGAGAUGGGUAAUCCUCCCAGUCCUGACAAGGGCAGCUGGCUGGGCCGGCUCUUUGGAGCCACCAGCCCCUCGUCCAGGAGCUUCCCUCCCAGCCCUGACGCCGUCUUGGCCAGGUCCAGGAGACCGUCCCGCUGGCUGUCCCCCAGCCCGCGUGUCCUGGCCGGGGUGGUGAAGGGCCUGGCGUCCGACAGGAGCCGCGCUCCGGAGCAGCCGGACAGGAGCAGCCCCGUCCUGCCCCAGGCCCGCAGGGCGGUUCGGGCGCUGUGUGACCACACGGGCACCGCUGAUGGGCACCUGAGCUUCCAGAAAGGAGACAUCCUGGAGCUCCUCUCCACUGUGGAUGAAGACUGGAUCCGCUGCUGCCAUGGAAACAGCACCGGCCUCGUUCCUGUUGGUUACACAUCCCUGAUUUUGUGAGGAGGUGGAAGGGAGCUGAGGAAGCAGCUGAGCUUUGCCGGGAUGGGUGCCAGCUCUGGGAGGGGAUGUCUCCUGCCAGACCUCCGGGGCUGGCAGCUCCCAGGGGACCCUGCCCUGUGCCUGUCACUGCUGCAUGACGCCACCGGCUGCCACCGUCUCCUCCUCCUCCUCCUCCUCCUCCUCCUCCUCCUCCUCGCGGGGAGGUUCCUCAGCUGCUGCCCACCCCCGUGCAGGGCAGGGAUGGGUCGUGUCCCUGUGUCUGUCCCUUCCUGGCCCUCACACUGCCCCGUGUCACCGUGUCCUGCCACUGCUGCCACCUCCCUGAGCCCUGCUCAGCACUCUGUACAUAGGGUAACCACAGGAAUGAGCUUGUUCCACGGGGAAAAAAACUGGAAAUAAAGGUUGUGACUCAUG